AUGGCUCCCUCCGCCAUCGACCAGUCUGCCGCGGCAGCACCGCCAGACACCAAAACAUACCCGCCGGCCAAGAUCUUCCCCGUGAAGGAGACGCGAUUCGAGAAAUACAUUGAGCCCGAAACCGGCGGACGCAACAAGGCACUCCAGCAACCAGACAGCGCCGCCAUCGUUAUUGACAAUGGAUCGCACGCAGUACGGGCAGGAUGGUCUUUCGAGAAACAGCCACGCUUCAGCAUGCCCCCGAUCAUGUCCAAGUAUCGCGACCGCAAGCUGGGGAAGACCUUCUCCUUUGCCGGCUCUGACUGCUACGCCGACACGACGGCGCGAGGCCACAUCCGAAAUGCUUUCGAGGCGGGGACGGGGAUUGUCAGCAACUGGGAUGCUAUGGAGCACGUCCUCGACUAUGUGUUCCUGAAGCUUGGGAUGAACGACGCUGAUGGCUCCAUCGAUGCUCCGGUGGUCAUGACGGAGGCAGUGGCAAACCUCCCCUAUUCAAGGAAAUCUAUGACGGAAAUCCUCUUUGAGUGCUACGGAGCGCCAUCUCUCGCCUACGGCAUCGACUCUCUCUUCUCCUAUAGACACAACAAAGGCACGACCGGCCUGGUGAUAUCGUCUUCAUACACAUCUACACACGUCAUACCCGUCUACAACUCGAAAGCCUUGCUGAGACAGACGACGAGAUUAAAUUGGGGCGGUUACCACUCAGCCGAAUACUUGUUGAAGCUCAUCCGGCUAAAAUAUCCUGCUUUCACGGGCAAGCUCAACUCUUCCCAAGCAGAGCACAUGGUAAAGGAGUACUGCUAUCUAUCGCGGGACUACGACCAGGAGCUUAAGGGCUACCUCGACUGGACGGGCCUCGAAGACCGCGACAUCGUCAUCCAAUAUCCAUAUACCGAAGAGGUCAUCGUACAGAAGAGCGAGGAGGAGCUGGCAAGAAUAGCGGAGCGCAAGAAGGAGAGCGGGCGGAGACUACAGGAGCAGGCGGCCAAGAUGCGACUCGAAAAGCUCAUGAAGAAGGAGCAGGAUCUCGAAUAUUACAAGCAGCUUCAGGGCAAACUGGUGGACGAGACCAAAAAGGAGACGAGACGACUUCUCGACAGCCACGAUAUAAAGCACGAGGCUGAGCUUGAGAAGAUCAUCAAAGAGUUGGAAAAGGGCAUAAAGAAGGCUCGUACUAAGGAUGUGGGCGGCGACCCCGAGGAGAACGAGGAGCAGCCGGACUUCAGCCUGUUAGAAAUCCCCGACGACCAACUCGAUGAGGCACAGAUAAAGCAGAAACGGCAGCAGCGUCUUAUGAAAUCAAACCACGAGGCGCGAGCCCGUGCCAAGGCCGAGAAAGAGGCUGAAAAAGCACGUGUCGCCGAAGAGGAGCGCUUGGAUAACGAGCGCCGAGAGAACGAUUUGGAGAGCUGGCUGGACGAGAAGCGCCAAGUCCACGCGGAUACCCUGGCGAAGAUGAAGGAGCGCGACCGCCUGAAGCAGGACCUCGGAAACCGCAAGUCCCUCGCCUCGCAAAUCCGCAUGAAGAGCAUCGCCAACCUGGCCUCCGACCAACCCGGCAAGAAGCGACGCCGCGGCGGAGACGACGACAACUUUGGAGCCAACGACGACGACUGGGGUGUAUAUCGCCAGAUCGCCGUCGGCGAGAACAGCGACGACGAGCAGGAGGAGGAAGACCUCAUGUCCAACCUCAAGUCCGUCGAGCAGGAGCUCCUCAAGUACGACCCCAACUUCGACUACGAGCAGACCCACGAGGCCCAGUCGGACUGGUCCAAGUCCCUCCUGCACGCCUUCGCCCGCGGGCCCCGCCCGUUCGACCCUGCCUCCCAGGCGGAGCUGAACCAGAUCCAUCUCAACGUCGAGCGCAUCCGCGUCCCCGAGGUCGUCUUCCGGCCCUCCAUCGCGGGAGUCGACCAGGCCGGCCUCAUCGACAUCGCCGGCGACAUCCUCAACCAGCGCCUCACGGGACUCGCCAACCACGAGGACUUCCUCCGCGACAUAUUCCUCACCGGCGGUAACACGCUGUUCCAGAACUUUGACGAGCGCGUACGCGAGGGUCUCAGGUCCCUGCUACCUGCCGACUCCCCGAUCAAGGUACGUCGUGCAGACGACGCCCUGCUGGACGCCUGGAAAGGCGCAGCGGGCUGGGCGGGAACACCGGCGUGGAAGGCAGCGAAGAUCUCUCGUGAGGAGUAUCAGGAGAAGGGUCCCGACUACAUCAAGGAACACGACAUGGGAAAUUCUUACGCGUAG